CACCUACGUGAGACUAUUCCUACACUGCACUGCUUUGUCGAUCUCGCCCCCAACGUCUAGGAAUACCGACGCCCGUCUUAUUGAUGCUUCAGUAUUUGUCAAACCGUCGUCCUUGAUGGUAAUUCCGUUCUAUCAUUGCUGUCUUUCUACAUCACGAUCACGGGACCCUGCCCAAAAAAAUUCGCUUCACGACGCUUCGGCUUGACCGUCAUCCGCCCUAGCCCGCACCACUCACCACCAUCUCGGUCCUCCGGUUCUGCAGCCGUCCUCCAAUGCGGUCCUGGAGACCUUGGGAGACGGACACGCAACCCCCAGCCCCCAGCCAUCCCAAUACUCUUGGUCCAAAACCUCUCCCUCAAGCCACCACGCUGUUGAGCAUUGCCUCUCUGCUCGAACCCUCAGGAAAUGAGAAUCGUCCCGUCCACGCCAUCAAGACUUCCUCCAGGACUGUACCUCCUCCACCUCUCCCGUCGAUACUCUGUAGACCAGUUCUUCAUCCUCCCGGCGCAAGUCCCUACUCCACCAACGUAACCCCGACAAGCACUGCCGCCGCCUACACUCCGGGCACGACCACCUGUACUCCGACGACACCCUACUACACUCCAACGCCCACCUCUCCUCCGACGUCAACAACCUACACAUAUGCCCCUUUGACAACAACCACGUCGAGGAAACGCAAAUCGGACGUCUUCGAAGAACACACAACCACAACCACAACCAGAACCACAACCACAGCCACAGCCACAGCCACAGCCACAGCCACCAUCACAGGCCACCCUCACCUUUACGUCUACGACGACGACCCUCGCCUCAACGACACGCUCGGCUGGGAAUCCUGCGACCAGAUCCGCGUCCGGAUCCGCAACAUCAUCCAGUCAGGCACCAUGCGGGUAGGCGAGUUCCAAGCCACCAUCAACUGCUCCGCGGCGUCGUACCAGCGGUUCAUGAAGCAGAGCGGGCCCGAAGCCGGCGUGGGGAGCGACGUCUACUACGGCGCCUGCCGCUUCUUCCGCAAACGCGAGCUGCAGGGCCUCCACCAGCCCACGCCGGCCAAGCGGGCCCGGCGCGACGAGGACCUGGACGACGACCUGGACGUCUCCGGGAUCAUCCUCCCGGGCGAGCCGGAGGGCGCCGUCCGCGUCCACGACACGUGCGACGAGGUGCGCCGCCACAUCCACGCCCUGCUCCGCCGCCCGGGCAUCCGCCAGGUCGACUUCCUCCGCGCCAUCGCCAAGAGCUUCCCCGCCCCGCGCAAGAUCCAGUCCAAGCAGCUGCACGACUUCCUCGCCAAGAAGGGCGCCACCGCGGGGAACACGUCCUGCGUCUACUACGGCGCCUACGUCUUCUUCGAGAAGCGACGCCUCAGGGACGGCCGUCCCAAGUCGAAGAUGCGGCUGGAGAUGGAGUCGAUUCACCCCGCUGGCAUGAACACCACCGACAUUAUGAACAUUUACGUCGGUCCCCUUGGGCCCGUGCCUGUUGAGGAUGAGUAUGGCCGUGUUGUCAGCGCCCGGCCCAUCUCGCGACCGUUUAUACGCAAGAAGACCGUGAAUUAGCACCUCACUUUUCCCUGCAUCACCACUUUUUACCUUUGGAAUGCCCAAACCAAACGCUCACAUCAGUCCCCUUGCAAAAGAAAUACCCAUUUAUACCUAUGCUUUUUAUUCUUAUAUACCCUCAUAAUGCUUUCUUACUUUCUUCUUUUCUUCCCGGGCUGGGCGCCACAUAUCCCUUCCGCUUUGUUUUCUUCGUCGCUUAUUUCCUGUCAUAUAUUAGAGGGUCGCAUCACUGCGUGUGAAGUACACGGAAAAGUUGUACUGGAAUCUAUCUGUCAUGAUAGAGGGACAGCGAAAAGUAUCACUUUAGAACUAAUUAAUCAGCUCGGACUUGCUAAUGCUUCCGUUGCUUCAGAACUUUCACGGCGGCUACCGAUGUAGGGGCU